ACUAACGCCCCGCGUUCUAUUUUCGUUGACAUCAUUAUCAGCGUUGAAAACGUCCAAACAGAUUUAUCGUACAACUACUGGCAGGAAACCACAAGCAGCGCUGAAUGCUAACUGACAGGUCAGAGAGAGCGCAGAGCAGUAUGGACCCCGGCAGAGGAAGCCCCCCAAAAUAUUUAUCAUAAGACAUUAUUCUAUGCACAUGGCGGCGUUUCUGGACAUGUUUUUAAAUUAGAGAACCAGGAUGGGUGCGGCGAUCAGUAAAAGGAACCCCUGGAGAAAGGAUGAGCGCGUCCGCAGCACAUUUCCCCCACCUACGCAGCAUCGCCUUCGCGGAUCUUCUCACCCGCCGUAUAUUGCGGCAAACUAUCCUCAGUACAUGGCCAUUCAGAACACGGCAUCAUGUAAAGACGCGAGGCUUGCCGUUGCGCUGUAUGAUUAUGUCCCGGCCAACAACGGAGAUUUGCAGCUGCACAGGGGAGAAAAACUGGAACUCCUGUCUGAUUGGAAAGAAGGCUGGUGCAUGGCCAAGUCCAGCGUCUCCGGGAAAGAAGGCUACGUCCAUAAAGACUACGUCUCAUCGCCCGUAAACACGGAUGUGGAUAAGUUUUUCUUUAAAUCUAUAAGUCGGAAGGACGCAGAAAGGCAGCUGUUGGCGCCGGGAAACAAACCCGGGACGUUUUUAAUUCGUGAAAGUGAAACCAGCCAAGGAACAUUUUCACUUUCUGUCCGAGACAAUGAACCUAACCACGGAGACGUAAUCAAACACUAUAAGAUAAGGACGAUGGACAACGGCGGCUUUUAUAUCUCCCCGGCGCUCACGUUCCCUUCACUAAAAGAGCUUGUGAGACAUUACUCACAUAAAGCUGACGGGCUGUGCCAUAAACUGGAGCAGCCCUGCAAGCUUCAAGGUCAGAGCCGGUGGCAGGAAGACGAGUGGGAGAUCCCCCGAGACUCAGUCAAGCUGGUGAAGAGACUCGGAGCGGGGCAGUUUGGAGAAGUGUGGAUGGGUUAUUAUAAAAACAACGCCAAAGUCGCUAUUAAGACCUUGAAGGAGGGCAGCAUGUCGCCGGUGGCAUUUUUGGAAGAGGCUAAUUUAAUGAAGACCCUUCAGCACGAUAAGCUGGUGCAGCUCCUGGCCGUGGUUACGAAAGAGCCAAUAUACAUUGUGACGGAGUACAUGGCCAAAGGAAGUUUAUUAGAUUUUCUUCAGACAGACGAAGGGCGAAAUCUCCGUUUUCAUAAACUGGUUGACAUGGCUGCGCAGGUCGCAGAAGGCAUGGCGUACAUCGAAAAAAAGAAUUAUAUCCACAGAGACCUCAGAGCUGCCAACGUACUCGUCUCAGAUAUCAUGUGCUGCAAAAUUGGCGAUUUUGGGCUUGCAAGAAUCAUUGAAACAGAGUACACAGCACAAGAGGGCACCAAAUUCCCCAUUAAGUGGACAGCUCCAGAAGCCAUCAAUUUUGGAGUUUUCACGAUAAAGUCCGACGUUUGGUCAUUUGGAAUUCUUUUGACGGAAAUAAUAACGUACGGCCGCAUUCCUUAUCCAGGUAUGACCAACCCGGAGGUUAUCCGUAACCUGGACCAGGGAUACCGCAUGCCGUGCCCUGAAAACUGUACCCCCGAACUCUAUGAACUUAUGCUGAAGUGCUGGAGACAGAGGUUCGAGGACAGGCCCACCUUUGAAUAUCUACAGUCGGUUUUAGAAGACUUUAGCACGGCAACAGAAAAACAGUACGAAGACGAACCCUGA